GUAGAAAAGAUCCAAGGUUAUUUGCUGGCCGGCUAUACCCGCUGGCCGCUGCACUAUCGUGUCGACUCCCAGACUGGUCCCUGUCCAGCAGACUUCCCAGACUGCUCCAGUGGACACUUGCGUCGAGACAAACGUAACUCCUUUGAGAAGCCUUUCUCCGCAUCUCGGCCAAUAGUUGCAAGGAAUAUAUCAUCCCAACAUAAACGGUGUUGCUUGCCGAGAUGAAAAAGCUUGGUCUACUUCUGAUCAUCGUGGCUGUAGAAGCACAAAUUAUCUUUCCUGGUGAAGAUGGGUCAUUCCCCGUUAGAAGUGACUCACCAACUCCGGUAGAAAUCAAGACCACCGACAGAAAUAACAAGCCCACAGGUUUAUUCUUCCCCGACACCCCGAUAAGCCCACCAAGAUCGUCAACUGGGGCGAUUCCGGACUCAAGCGGUAUUUUCUCCAAGCCCGAACUGACGGCCACGGCACCCUCCGUCUUUCCGUCGGAAUGUGGAGAAGUCUUGGUUCAGAGGGUCGUUGGUGGCGAGAUCUCAGCGCCCGGGGAGUGGCCUUGGUUAGCGGCAGUGGGCACCAAGCGACGCUCGACUUUCACUAACCAAUGCGGCGGCGCGCUCAUCACCCGCCACCACGUCGUGAGCGCUCAACACUGCUUCCAAAAUGAGGCUUUCGCUCCGAACACCGUGCGGCUGGGAGAGUAUGACCUGACUCGCACCGACGACGUGCCUUUUGGUGUCACGCAAGACUUCGCCAUCACUCAGCGCCUAAUUAAGGACUACAAUCCAACUAGUCUUGAAAAUGAUAUCGUUAUUCUCGUUCUUGAUGGUGAAGUUAAACUAUCUGAAUACGUGCAACCAGUGUGCCUCCCUUUUAACUACCGAAACGAUGAUUUCUCCGACAAGUUCCUCGCAGUGGCUGGCUGGGGGAAAACAGACUUCAAGACCGACAGCUUCUCAGACGUCGUCCAAUAUGUCUUGUUGCCGGUGGUCAACACGUCGAGGUGUGCCGACAGCUACAGCCACAGCCAAGGCAGCAUUCAGCCGGUGAUCGAUGACAGAAAUUUGUGUGCUGGUAACGGCACGAAGGACUCCUGCUCUGGUGACAGCGGUGGACCUCUCCACUACCUAUCCCUGUCAGACGGCCGCUACUACCUAACAGGGAUCGUGUCCUUCGGCUCCGGAUGUGGAGAUCCCGAUUAUCCUGGAGUAUACACGCGGAUAACCAGGUUCUUGGAUUGGAUUACGAGGAAUGUGCAAGACUCCCAAAAUUAAGAUGAUCAAAGACUUCGCGCACCAUACUGCAUGCCUUGAAAAUAUAAUUGUCUUCUCAUUUAUGGCAGAUUUUCCCAAGAGAAUUACUAACAUGUAUACUCAGAUCAUAACUUCUACAGUUGUUCUUUCAAUUUGUUGAUGGAUUAGUUAGUGCAGAAUAAAUGGACUGAAAUAUCCUAGGAUACAGUAUUCACGUACAAUAUAGAAUAUCACUGAUGAAUUGUAACCUGUAUCUCUUUGUCAGCAGACAGACUAUCGCGGCAAAACAUUUGGUCUAUAGCAUGAAAUAACGUGACUGAGUUUAUACAAGGCAGAGUUGUAUUAACUUUCAAUAUCGCUGUAUAUAACACAAGCAUGUUUUCGUGGACGUCAAUUGCAGCUUUAUUCGUGGAGAGCACAACAUUUAAGGAUAUCCUAAAUAAGGCUUUCAUAAUUUUUCAUUGAAUAAGAGUGUGUUUUCCUGUAUAUGUAUGUUCACAAUUUUUUUUGUAGCUCAAAGUGAAGAAUAAUUAACUAAUAAUAAUAAACAAAACUUCCAAAGUUUUCUUUCACUGUUAAAAAUGAACUGGAAUAUUUAGCCACUUGCACCACACUGCACCGCGACGAUCUGUUCAUCUGUUUCAUCAGACCUUCCGCAGCUGACAAUGAAAACUACUGUUGUCAAUAGUUUGAAGUUACUCGUAUAUUGGGAGAGAACUUUCCUUUAAGACUAGGUCACACUCUGAAAAUAAUCUUAGUCUGAAUUUUCCACCAUCUGGCUAAAACUUCAUUGUCAUUCUACUACUAAGUACAUCGAUCUGUGCUGUUUAUCUCUCACCUAACUCUACAAACUAUGUAAAAUUCUUUGACUAUUUGAACUCUAUAGAGUGGAGCACAUCUUGACCCACUCAACCUUCGCUGAAAUCUCCAUUCUAGGAGAUUUCAAUGUUCACCACCAGCUUUGGGUUUCAUCCUCUUUCACUGACCAACCUGGUGAACAAGCCUACAACUUUGCUAUCCUCAAUGACCUUGAGCAGUUGGUUCAGCCAAGGGUUCAGCUGGUUCAGCACCUUACACGUAUCCCCGACCGCCUUGGAGACACGCCCAACAUUCUUGAUCUUUUCCUAACCUCUAAUCCUUCAGGUUACACUAUCAAACUGUUCUCUCCGGUGGGCUCCUCCGAUCACAACCUUAUUUCAGUAUUCUGUCCUAUUGCUCCAUGACUACAUAUUGCUUGAACACUUUUUUCUUCUUUCUGUUCACUGUGUGAGGACGCGAUGUAUGUUUUACUUGCAUUCAUUGUACGAAUAUGUUCACAUUGUCUCAGAAAAAUGUAUUACUGUAUUUAGGAGGAGGAAUGGAGGAUGUGGACAUGUUGGGCAGCUACCCGGAAGGUUCCCGCCAUCUUGUUCCAGUAGCGUCUGAUUAAAGCUCAAAGGAG